UGCAAUUUUGAUGCAAAUCGCGGUCGGAGCUGGCUGCUACAUUAAUUUGUCGAAAUAAAACUGCAGGAACGUAUUUAACAUGAAUUUAAAGAUGUGCUGAAUACAACAUAACUAGGGAACCUCUCAACAUGCUUUUGAAAUGCACACUUGGCGGAUUAUAUAGCCAUCGCAAGUCUGUAGACGACUAGACGACAUUCACGUCAGUACCAGGAACAGUGACUACUCUUCAGACUUGGGAAGCUUUGUAUUGAUAAAGUUAAUAUGAAUUCAACCACAAGUGUUCUCCACAUUGGAGAUAUAGUAUCGUUGUAUACCGAAGGACUAGAUAGUGGAUUUCUCAGCACAUUGGGGUAUGUUGAUUAUUUAAACAUUUGAAAGUCAACAUAAACACAAUGCGAUAGAAUAUAUAAUCUUGUAUCACUUCCAUCUCGAACUCUUAAUAAAAUAUGUUGAUUUUGUUCAGAUUGGUUGAUGAUCGCUGUGUUGUACAACCUGCAGCGGGAGAUCUUAAUAAUCCACCCAAGAAAUUUCGAGGUAAAACGUAUAGCAGAAGACAUUCAUCUCAUUUUCGUAUAUUAUUUAUAGGUUUUAGAUCCCUAAGCGAAGCACCUGUUAUUCCCUCUGCGUAUUAAAACUAUUCUUUGCACGCCUAGAUUGUCUCUUUAAAAUAUGUCCAAUGAACCGUUAUUCUGCACAGAAACAAUUUUGGAAAUCCGCAAAACCUAUACUAUCAACUGCAAGAGAUACGGUACUGCUGACAAAACUACAUGUGAGUAUAAAUAAUAUUGUUGUUUCAAAAUAACAAAUUCUAUCCACAAUGUUGCAUAUUAAAUUAAUGUAAAUCAAUUAUGUAUACUUUGGUUUUCUUAUAAAUAGACCUGUACUGUCAUAUUUUUGGAUUGACUUAAUAAAAUGUAUUUUUGUAUAUAUCACAUCAAAUUUUAACAACUGAAAGUUAUUAUAUACUGUAAUAAUGUUUUAGAUGUCACUCUGAGUGUAUAUCCACACUGGUCAGGCCUGACCAUUGUGGGAAUCGAACCCACAGGUUCGAUUCCCCCCAUGGUCAGGCUAACUUUUCAGACUGCCUGGUGUGGAUAUACACUCAGAGUAACAUCAAAAACAUUAUUUUCACCUGAGUACAUAACAUCAAAACACACACCAAAAAAAAAAAUAUAUAUAUAGACAAGUAUCGAGUUUGGAAUCAUAUAUGAGUAGAGUGCUCAAUACCGUAGUAGAGCUGAUAAGAUUAGAAGACAAACUUGAAUUACUUCAUAUGAACUUUAUUUCACUACAAAUUUGUUUCGUAUGACAAGACAAGUCUUGCCACACUCACCAGAAUUCUAAAAAUCCAGCCCCUUGGGGAGAUGUAAUGUUAUAUAAUUGUUUUCAUAUCUGAAGUCAAGUGUAUACCAAAAUAUAGGGAUGAGCCGAUUAAUCGGUAAAUAAUCGGCAAAGCCGAUUAAUCGGCCGUUUUUUAAAUAAUCGGCUGAUUAUUGCUUGAUAAUCGGCAAAUAAUCGGCCAUCAGACUUUUUCUGCAGCUGCCAAGCACAUGCUAAAAUACUGAAUACAAGUGAAUAGAUUUUCACAUUUUGUUGCAAAACUGGUGUCUUUUGUCUCAAGCGAAGUGAAAAACGCAGCAGACUAGCUCCGCAAAGCUGACAAUAUCCUGUUUUUACACCAUAAUCUGCCAAAACUGAACUUUGACUAUUGACAUGCAAGAUUGAAGCUGUUUUCAAUUGGACAUAAUGUGUAUUGUAAACAAUAAAACCGCAUUUACAACUUCAUUGUUGGUCAUCUUGUGAUUGUUCGCUUGCUUUUUAAAAUAAUCGGCGGGUACCGAUUAAUCGGCCUCAGUAAUCGGCAAUUUUCCUUAUCGGCUCAUCCCUACCAUAAUAGGUUCCCAUGUGAGGCUCCCACUGAAUUAAAUUGAAACUUUUAUUUCUACAAUCAACCUGAGCCCUGCAAACUUAUGUACUGAUUAUCAGUAAUUAUCACUGGAAUAAGGGGUAUUCCCCAAACAAUAGGGAGUUCAGAUUGCUGAGGGGGGUCUGGGUUAAAAACUGUGUUUGUGUCACUUUGUGGUAAUCUUGAACACAUCUGACAAAACAUAAGAUUUUUAAAGUUUUUUUGCUUCCUUUAUACAUGAGCUCUAAUAUGUUGCAAAAUGCAGCCAAAAUUGGUUAUACCAAUGGGUCGUUCCAGAAAAGAUCCACAUUCCCCCCAAAGAGGAAAUUUCUGCCGUCCGGAGGGGGAGGGGAGAAAAAAUUGUUUCUGAUAAUAGUAAAUGUAUUAGGACAUCCGAAGGGGGUAGGGGGGUUAAUUAACUGACAAUUUCCUCCGUGGGGAUGGUAUGGAUGUUUUCUAGAAUGACCCAAUUUUCGGGUGAUGUCCAUGCUUGUUUAAACUCACUAUUUACCCUGAGGGAUGAAAUAUCCCAAGCAGGGCCAUUCCGAGUGGUAUCUGGUUGGGGGAGGGGGGAGAGGUGAAUUCAAAAAUUUGUGCCCCCUUCCUUUCCGGGGCCCCCUCAAAACAAUUUUUCCGGAAAGUAAAAAUGUUUCCAGAAAAGUUUGGCAGACAACCCCCCCCCCCCCAGUAGUUUCCAGUUUUCAAAGGGCCUGAGCCUUUGAUAUUAUACCGAACCUUGUAUAUGGCCUUUACAUGCACCUACCAGAUACCAGCAUUGUAAAUACUUGUUACUAAAGUAACAUAUUACUAAUUACUUUUUGAGUAAUUUUUCAGUAAUUAAUUACUUGUUGUUUACAUAAUAUUUAAUUACUUUUUUAAGGGUAACGAGUAACAUUUUCAAGAAAGUGAUUUGUGUUACUUCUGUGUGCUUUCUAAUUUUUUCCAUCCUUACCAUAUCAGAAAGUUUCUGAAGGAAAUUGCAUUGAAGUUGAAUGUCUGUGCCUACUCAAAUUAAGUAACAAAUUCAACAUAGUUGGAUUGUACGAUUUGUUUUGCACAUUGCUUAUGUGCAUUUUGAUAUUGUACCAGUUCCAUCUUAUUAUAAUCUCCCUUGCAACCACUCUUUGUGUUGAGGUUUCUCCCCAUGAGUGGAGAUAGCCAAUCAGAUUUAGUGACAUAAAUAUCUAAAUCAAUUUAGCGACAUAAAUAUCUUAAGUCCAAAGUCAUGUUUCCAAAAUUUAGAAGCAUUACUGUGAUUGGUUGUUUUCAGGAAAGGAAUGUUGUGCUCGAGUGCAGGGCUCGAAAUAACGGCCGAUCAACGAUCAAUGAUCGGCAGGAAAUUGUUUUUGAUCGGCGAAGAAGCAAGGUUGCCGUUCAUCUUGAUCGGCAGAAAUAGAUUUGACCAUUGUCUGAAAGACAUGCUUACCUGUACGCGGUAAAGGACAAAAAAAAGUAACAUAAAACACAUUCAAAAACACGCAAAAAACUGUUGCUUAGUUGAAACGAGUCAUACGACAGGAAAGGCCGCAAGACUAUUCUCGCUCUAAAGUAAUUUACUAUAAAAACAAAUUUGCAUGAAAUACUAUCGUCUCUUCAACAGUCUGCAAUCCGGACCGCUGACGACGAAUGUUUUUGUUAUAAUAAUUUCAAUUUGAUAGGAUUUUUUGAUUAGUUUUUUUUAGUAAGAUUUUCUCUUUUAAUAAUAUUAAAUAAUAAGUUUUAGUUCUUAAUUGAUAAUUUAAUGCUGCUGUGUUCCUUGCUUUUGCCUGAAAAAAAUGCAAUAACUAUAAUUAAAACUUGAAAAAUGUGUUAAUAAACUAAAGUUUAUUAAAAGUUUAUUAAAUGUAGUUACACUAUUAGAAUUAUAUAUAAUAAGUCCAAAAAUGUCGUAGAUUUAAACUUGUAUUUGAAAUAAAGUUUAUUAUAUUUAGAAUUUUUUUCAAGGAAACUUAGUCUUAGACAAACUAUGCUCCUGAUCGGCCAAAUUUUUAUGUGAUCGGAAAAAAGGCGUGAUUGCCGAUCACCAUGAUCGGGAACGUUGAGAACGUUAUUUCGAGCCCUGCGAGUGUGCAGCCGCUUCUGGGGAGAAACCUCGACACAAAGAGCGACUGUGAGGGAGACUAAUCUUAUUGGCGCUUAAGUAAAAAGUAAUCUGACAAGUAAUUACUAAUCAUUUACUUUUUAACCGGAGAUUAGUAAUAUGUAAUGAAUUACUUUCAAACGAAAGUAACUUGUAAUUUGUAAUAAUUACCUUUUCGGAGAAGUAAUUGUAAUUUUUACUCCUUAUUUUUUUGGUAAUUUUUACAACACUGCUAGAUACUAGAAAACAAAUAGCAUUCAUUUAAUAAAUAUUUAAUAACGUUUAAUUUUAAAACACAACUUAAGUGAUAACUUACACGGUAUUAAUAAUCAACAUGAAAUACCUUGGUCUUGCUGUCCAAUAAUCUCUGGCCAUCUUCUGUUGAUCCUAACCAUGAUUUGACAGGAUACUGACCGGGAUUUGUUAAGAUUCUAGCCAUGAUUUAACAGGAUCCUAACAAGCCUUUGGCAGAAUCGUACAUUAAAAACAUUUAUUUAGCUUUUGCCAACUAGGGCAGGGUCACCACAACAGCAUAUGCCAAUUACUGUGGGCCCUUUUAUACCUAACCCACCCUGUCAACUUUUCCCUGUGGGAGGAAACCGGAGUACCCGGGGAAAACCCACGGCCCACGGCAUCAGCAUCAUGGCUGAUGAUCCAGCAAUAUAGUGGGCCCGAAAUCAUUCUUACAAAUAUUAGUGUUGCGGGCUUUUAACUCUCCAAAAUUAAUUCUGAAUUGUUGGCUAGAAGUUAACAAAGUUAAGUUUAAUAUUGCCAAGACCGGAGUUUAUGGUAAUUAGAUGUCGUUUACGUGUGUAUCACUGAUCUAAUAGUGGUGUGUAUGCUCAUUCCAAUGAAAAAUAUCAUUGUUGACAUUGGUUUCACUGGAUUCUUACAAGCCAAUUGACACCAACAACAAAACUAAGAAAGCUAAGCAAUAAUAUUUUACAACAAACUUGGAGAACAACAAUGGGAAAAAACUACACGUCAGAUUCUGUAGAUAUAGUGUAAGCUUUUAACAACCACUUUUUGAGCGUUGAUGAGAAUCUGGUUUCAAAGAUACCAAUAUGUCUAAUAUUGAACCUGAAUAUUAUUUAGAAGCAACUGAGCAGAGGUUUUGCCUAAAACUGCCUCAUACUAUUGAUACUGUAUGUCAUUACAGAAGCUUGAAAAUUGCGGUGCGGAUCAGACAAGUCUCAAAAUGUUUCGAGUCCUUACUGGGUGAACCAUUUAUAUCAAUGACGUCCAUAUUACUCCCUUUCGAUAAUUACGUCACAACUACACUGUUUUCAACGUAGGACCACCUUAAAUGGAAAGGAUUUCAAGGUUUUUCUCAUGGGCUAUGCAUAGAGAAGCAGAACAUCCUUCUAUAACACAUGCGCGCAAAAAGAGUUUGGAUUUUGAUCAAUAACUUGAUAUGGAAAUAAGCACGAAAACGAUGCUCCACGUCUUAGCCUCGUUUUCGUGUUAAAGCUUAUUUCCGCAUUUAUUGGUCAAAAUAAAGAAUUCUUUUUCAUGCAUGUGUUGAAGAAGGAUGUUCUGCUUCUCUGUGCAUAGCCCAUGAGAAAAAACCCCUUGAAAUCCUUUCCAUUUAAGGUGGUCCUACCUUGAAAACAGUGUAGUUGUGACGUAAUUAUAGAAAGAGUGUAUUGUCUUCGAGAAUGUCCCCGAUGAUGCAUAACCAAAAAAUAUCCCUAUGAUACAAAUAUUAGUGUUGCGGGCUUUUAAAUCCAAAAUUAAUUCAGAGUUUAUAAUUCUGAAUUGUUGGCUAGCUAAAAGACAACAAAUUACAGUAAGUUUAAUACUAUGGUUUAAUAUUGCCAAGACAGAAUUUAUGGUAAUUAGAUGUCGUCAACGUGUGUAUGCCCAUUCCAAUGAAAAUAUCAUUGUUGACAUUGGUUUCACUGGAUUCUUACCAGCAUUUGACACCAUCUUAACCAGCAUUUGAUAGGAUCUGUAUCAGGAUUCCAACCAGGAUUUGACAGAAUUAUAACCAGGAUUUGACACGACAGAAUUUUAACUAGGAUUAAUGUGAUAAGAUUCAAACCAGGAUUUGGCAGGAUCUUAACCAGGCUUUGAUAGGAUUUUAACCAGAAUUUUACAGGAUCCUAACGAAGAUUAAACAGGAUCUUAACCAGGAUUUGACAGGAUCCAAACUAGGGCAUGUGACAGGAUCCUAACCAGGAUUUGUGACAAGAUUCUAACCAGGACUUGACAGGAUCGUAACCUAGAUUUGACAGGAUUCCAACCAGGAUUUGCGACAGGAUCUUAACCAGGAUUUGACAGGGUCCUAACCCUAUGGUCCUAACCAGGAUUUGACAAGAUCUUAUCAGGAUAUGACAUGAUUCUAACCUGGGGCCGGGUUUAUUCAAUGCUGGAUUUGCGCUAACCCUAGGUUAAAAUUUAACCAGCUGUUUCAGUUUAUGUAUUUCUGCACGUCCGUUUAUUUCAAAACUGCAGAGAAGAAAACUCCUACUAAUCCAGACAAGAUUGCUAAAGAAAUAUUUCCAAACCAGGAUUUAACAGAUAACUUACCGGGUUUUGACGGGAUACAAACCAGGCCAGGACUUACGACAGGAUCGUAACCAAGAACAGGAUCUUAACUAGGAUUUGGCAGGAUCCUAACCAGGAUUUUGAUAGGAACUUAACCAGGAUAUUAACCGAGAUUUUCCAGGAUCUUAACCAGGAGUUCACAGGCUCCUAACCGGGAUUUAACAGAUAUCUUACCAGGUUUUGACGGGAUACAAACCAGGCCAGGACUUAUGACAGGAUCGUAACCAAGAUUUGGCAGGAUCCUAACUAGGAUAUGUGACCGGUCGUAACCAGGAUUUCACAGGAUCUUAAGGCGGUUUCCUCGCUGCGAGUGCUUGCAUCUAAUUAAAAUUAACUGUUUAGCAUUGUGAUUGGAUGAUAGUGCUCAUGCUUUCACUCGCAGCGAGCUGCGAGGAGCUUCGUGCGAGGACUGGAAAACCGCCUUUAACUGGGAUUUGUGACGGACUCUGGACCAGGAUUUGUGACAGGAUCCUAACCGAGAUUUUACAAAGCUCUUAAAGUGGUACACAUGUAUAUGAUAUUGUAUUAUUAUGGCUUAUACAUUAUUCAAUACUUGUGAAUAUACGGCUAUCCGUUCCUUCACUGAUCGUUACUUCUGACUGCACACGAUUAUGUUUCAACUACGCCAGGAAACAGCUACUCCACAGUGCAAUAUACAAGUUUUCAUUGUUUCGGUUUCUUUUGAGAGAAAACGUAAAUGAUAGUGCAGAUUCAGCUUGUAACUUGUAACUUGUAACUUGCAAGAAGGAUGUUCAGUGUUUUUGUCCGUUCAAGGGGAGAGUCUCCAUUCUAUUUCAAUUGCAAGCAGCUAUACUUGAGUCCUAUGUAAGAUUAAAAUGUCAUUGUGUAUGCAUUUUCAUGUGCAGUACAGAAUUGUCCACCUAACAUAAUCUGGUUAAUUUAACCAGGACGUCCUGGACUUCUGGUCAAACGCUUCCAUGGGAGGUGCGCACCUCCCUUCAAAUUAAUCCGGCUAUGUGCAAUAAUAAUAUACUUUGUUUUUUUUAACCGAAUUUUGGUUGAGCAUUGUUGGCCAAUCAGGAAGGAGAAUAAUGUUUGAAUGUGUAUUAUAUUAAAUAGAAAAGAACUGGGCCACUCGUAUUGUGAACAUGUCAUCAUUUUUUUUGUUCUUUCUUGUAGCAUGCUGCAGAACUAGAGAAGAAGCAAAAUGAAUCUGAAAAGAAAAAGUUGUUGGGCCAAGUGGUGAAGUAUGGUCAUGUUGUACAGGUGAUGUGGAAGACGUUUUGUUUUUGUAUCCAGUUUUAAGUAAUAAAACAUUCGUAUUAUAUUCGUUUUCUACAAUAUACUAUUCCCACUUAAACGUAUACAUAGUCCACUUUCUACAAAGCACGCACGUCUUUCGUGGGACUUUUUUUCCAGUUGGCUCAUCGGAUAAAUAAGUACCAGUUUCUGCCGGACUAUUGUGUCACUAUAGCUUGUCUUUUAAUUAACUCAAACGACUGGAAAUUUCUAUCUGAGAGAAAUAGUGAAAUAUUUUUCAAUUUUCAUGACUUGUUACUUUUCCGAUCCGGAUGAAUACGCAACCGUACGCAAAUUGGGAAAACAUUAAGAUUGAUGUAUUGAAAAGUGUAUCAGGUAAUAAAUAAUUCUAUUUUAAUGUAGAUUUUGCAUGUGAAGAGUAACAAAUAUCUGACUGCUAACAAGAGAUUACCAGCUCAUCUGGAGAAAAAUGCUAUGAGAGUGACGUUAGAUACAAACGGAAAUGAGGUAAACAGCUUAUUUGCUGCAGCUCUAACAGUUUGAUUGAAUUAACCGAAAACCUUAAUCACGAUCUGAGUAGAAUCGGUGAUUGGCUUUCUAGAAAUAAAUUACAACACCACCCAACUAAGACCAAAAUAAUGUUCAUUGGCUCUAAACAUCAUAUUAAUUCCACAACUUUUGAUCAUCCAGUGAUGUUAAAUAACCAACGCAUCCCCAGAGUUCACUCUUUCACAUGUCUUGGUCUCGAUUUAGAUGAAAAUCUUAACUGGAAUUCACAUAUUCAGGCGAUUUGCAAAAAGGUUGGAGCAGGCCUGGGUUGUUUGAGACGUAUUAAACCCUUUGUUCCAAUAACCACCCUUCAAACAAUUUAUCGAGCUCUGAUUCAGCCGUAUUUUGAUUAUUGUUCUCCCAUUUGGGGCGUCUGUGAUCAAAAUUUGAAAAAUAAACUCCAAAAAUUUCAAAAUCGCGCAGCCCGAAUCAUUGUCGGUGCAAGUUAUGAGAUUAGAUCUGCUGAUGUUCUUCAAUCUCUUGCUUGGGACAAUUUAGAGACAAGACGACGUACAACCAAAGCAAUAUUAAUGUUUAAAGUCUUGAAGGAUUACGUAGGACCUACGUUGAAAGAAUCCUUGAUAAGACGCAAUCAUAUGCAAACAAAUUGUGAUCUUAGAAAUAGUCAUACAGAUUUGGCUCUUCCUAAGCCUAAAAGAGAAUUCCUAAAAAAGAGUUUUAAAUACAGUGGGGCUAAGCUAUGGAAUAGUCUCUCUAUCGAUACGAAACUGGCAGAAUCAAUGCACCUGUUCAAAAUCCAUUUAAAACUUAACUCUAAUACUAUAUAUAUUUGAAAUAAAUUGUAACUCCGUCUAACCAUAACAUCUGGGGUCACACCAAUUUGUAAAUAGUCUUCUUUUCCCUUAUAUCUUUUGUAAUUUUUAACAUUGUAGACGCCCCCCGUGGAAACCAACGCACCGUUGACGGGGCUAGUGUCUUUAAAUAAAGUUUUAAUACAAUACAAUACAAUACAAUACAACAGCUUCUAUUUGCUUGUGCUAACAUAUUGGUGUUCUAUUUCUUUGCUUUCUUCCACAGCCAGCUAAUAUAAUUCUCCGUAAUUUUCUGUAUAGGGAUCGUGGUUCUAUGUUUUGCCUUUCUACAAGUUACGAUCUCAAGGUGACGAUGUAUGUAAUUACUCCAAAUUGUUGUACACUUAUACAGUAUGUCCGAACUCAUCUACUGUAUUAUAUAUAUAAUAGUUGGAUUUCAGAUGAUGAUGAUCGUUUAGCAUGCAUGGUGCUAGCUAGGCCUACGUGCAUGUACACAUCAACAUUAUCACAAGCCAUUGGAGCAAGUCAUUGGAGAAAGCAAAUUGUGCUAAAUAUUUGCAUUACAUGUACUUGCCACAAGUCAAUAUACAUCUCUUUCCUUUUAGAGUUGACUACUAUGUUUUUUUCAAAAUUUGCACGAAAACAAUCAAAUAAUGAAUUGUACUGAAAAUAAUUCUAUUGAAAAUAAUAACAUUUUGUUGGCAGAUUCGCCAAUUUUAUCGGUGUUUUUUUAGGUUAAUUAAAAGAAUAAUUUGAUGCUUAUACACUGCAUUACCACAGAAUAAGUCAUACAAAAGCCCGACUUCUUGGUUUUUCCUAUGAUUUUCCAAUGAUUUUGGCGUUACCGUAAUUCGUCAUCAAAAGAUCAAAAUGCGGACGCCAUGGUAAUGAGCCAGUGCGCGUUUGAGAGGCAUUCACCCCCUGAUAAUAUUCAAAAUGGCGGACGUCCAGGGGGAUGCUUCUCAAACGCGCACUGGUUAUAGGACCAUGGCGUCAGCAUUUUGAUGAUGAAUCAUUGCGUGGCAGCGGUUACUCGAGUCGACCUUCUGUGUGUCUUUAUUCUGUGGCACUACACUAUAAAUUUCAAGGAAUCAACUCCAAACGUGUUAUUGUGUUACCAAAAACGAUGACAGAAUAACUCUUUUGGAGUUGAUUCAAUAUAUUAAAACUCUUUUGGAGUUGAUUCUUGCAAUUUACAGUGUAAACGUCAUUCUAAGUUGUCUGUUUAUCAAUAUUUUGUCUAUCUUCACCACGCAGAAAGUUUUUUCAUGACUUUCAUAUCACAUAUGGAAAAUGUUUUGGAUACUGCUCGCAAUAUUUGGUAGUUGCUCGUACUUUUAGCGUUUCGGACUGUAUAUUCAAAAGGACAAUGUCAUUUAAAAAACAUUAUUUUAUUUGUAAAAAAUAGUCACAGGAAAGAGGAAGAAAGAAGUUACAUAGGCUUGUUGUGCAGGCAUGCAUAAUUGAGAUGCAUGUUACUGUUUUAGUUUGGCGUCUCUAACUAUUCUAUCUGACAGUAUUAUUAUUAUUAUUAAACUUUAUUAAAAAGUGUCAACAAUAUGUUUACCUCUUUACAAACUAAUUGGGGACACUUAUCCUAACUAUCUAAACUUACUAUCUAUCUAUAUUCUUAGAUUAUAUACAGUACUAUAAAAUCUAUAAGUUCUAAGAAGAGAAUCUAGGACAUGAAGUUAGGCGACUCAGACAUAUCUUACAAUUUUUACAACUAUAUUUUUAAAUAAAUCUUGCAAAUUUUUCUAAUCGCAUUCUUGAAACUUUAUAAAGUCAGCUUUGAUUAAGCGCCAUGUUCAUAAAUGUGGCGCUCUUUAAUAAUUUUACUUCAUAAUAACCCUUUAAAAUUUGAGGUUCAUUUCAUUAGUGACUACUAUCCAUUGAUAUUUCAGGUUGUUGUAAACGACAAGGUUAUUUUAAGUCCUGUAAAUGCUGGUCAACCUCUUCAUGCUAGCGGCAGUGAGCUGAUUGACAAUCCUGGUUGUUAUGAGGUAAGGGAAAUUUCACAAGGUAACGUCUAUACUUUCGUGAAGCUGGCGUUUAUUGAUCGAAGGUAAAAACAGGUUAAUGUAAAUGAAGACUUGAUAUUUUUCUCAAGGCUACAAUGACAUAAACCUUUUGAAGCAUGGUAAGCUAUAUUCUAUACUGGUCCAAACUCAAAAACCGGGUAGGGCGCAGAUAUUUCCAGCCUGAAAACCCACUAAUUUCCUAUUCCAUGUUUGAAAUUGGCGGGAUUUGCAGGCUAGAGAGUCUCAUUAAUCACUUUUAGCAUAUCUGUUACAUCAUUCAAACACGAAAUUUUACCUAACAAUUACUGAAUUAUUAGUAUGUCUAAAGUAUUUUACUGAUAAAAAUCUCAUUACUAUAAACUUUUUCCAAAAUUGACGAAAUUUAACAAAAGUAAAAUGUCUUUUUUGUCACACUGACAGCGCGGUAAAUCCUGGGGGAAAUGACGUCAUUUAUCUCUACCAUGCAUGCAUUUACCGUCCCCCUAUACGGCUAUACCGAUAUACACGGCAAAAAACGCCGAGCUCGUUGCUCAACAGGACUGAACAAUGUUUUGCUGCCCACGCUGUUCACACUUGUUUAUUAUUUAUUUAUUUAUUUAUUAACUUUACAACAAUAUUGAACAAUGUUGUUGAGCCUGAAUCGGGUGUAACAAUAUUCUUCAAUAUUGGUGACAGCUAUGAACAAUGUGGCCGGAAACCAUUGUUCAAUCCUGUUUUCAUCAGUAUUGCAUCAACCUGAGCGUUUUUACGCGUGUAUGCGAUCAUAACCUCUAAGCAGCGGCUACUUUUAGUUACUUUUAAGUCGCAGAAAGAUUGUUGAAAUAAUUAGAUAUAGGCAGGUGUCACCAUAUUCUAUUGCAAACAGAGAAGAGCACUGUCGCGUAGUCUACAUUAUUUGGUGUCAAAAGAACGGGUCAUACAAAAAUUUAGCCUGCGAGGCAGGCGCUGGUUAGGGCAUGCCUCGCAGACAAUACAAAAUUAUUCUUGGAAAUUGGUUCUACAUGCAUCUCUCAUGAUUUUAUGCACAAAUGCCACAAAAUACAAAGCCUGCAUGUAAUGAAAAGAAUUAAAAAUAUUUUCUCACUCUGUCAUUACAAUAGUGAUCCAUCAUUAAAUACUACAUCCAUUGAUAAUUUUUUAGGUGAAUUGUGUUAGUUCUGAAACAAAUUGGAAGGUAUCAUUAUUUCUUUCGUUCGGAGAAAACAACGAAGAGACAUUAAAAGGCGUAAGUACAGUUUAGGUUGCUUUAGGGCAUGACAAACCUUGACGUGCCUCAAAUGAAAAGAUAGUUAAUUAAAAGCAAACAUGGUGUCAAAGGAAACCUGUGGCACUGACUGCGGGUGUUGCUUUUGUUUGAGCAUUUUGAACAGUUAUAAUGCUCCACAGCUGUGUAGUAGUCGCUUGAAUAAAAUAUUUUUUCCACCCAAAAUGGCGGAUUAUUUUUGAUGAUACGUCAUACUACAAGACCUGAUACGUCAUACUGCAAGGUCGAAACUUCCCAAUAGGGAGUAGGGAGACUGAAGGGACAGAGCAGCGUCCGUGUUUGAGAGGUAUCUUUUUUAUAGAAAUUACCACGGUGACGGUGUGCAACUGAAAGUUCAGUAACUAAAAACAGGUCACAUUUCACUCAGUGUAUAUACCAACCUCUGUAUACCAACGUACUUCCACAUUGUACAAUUCAAUUAUACACAAACGUUUAUGUACAAGUGUACAUUAUUGUCUUCUCUAGCUAAUUGAAAGAGUGCAGUGCAGCGUGAAAACUUGUACAUCCAGUUGACCUUCGGCAACACUGAUGCUUUCAGUCUAGACGACUGACGCCCAUUUUACCUUUACGAAUUUUACCUUCUCUUUUCUUAUAGCUGCAAAUAUAUACUGUUUCUCUCUCCUCCACAGAGCUUUCCUAGCUUUUUAAUUAACUAUAAACAAGGCGAAGCUUCGAUAUCAUAAGACAUAUAAACAAGGGAUAGAGGCGCUAGAUUCGCUCAUUACAGUCUAUGAUAUCGAAGAUAGUCUUAUGAUAAGAUAGUCUUAUGAUAUCGAAGCUUUGCCUUGUUUAUAGUUAAAAAGCUAGGAAAGCUCUGUGGAGGAGAGAGAUACUGUUUGGUAUAUUCCCAUGGGCGUACCGGAAGGAAAAAUUUAGGGGGGCGGAAAGAAAUUUGCCCGACUUUUCGGGAUUGUCCCCGACUAGUACCUAAAAAAUUUUUUCCGGAGAAAUUAUUUCGGCGACCCCCCCCCCCGUCGCCAAAAAAUUUUCGGUCAGUGUACCAUUUUAGGGGUCAAAAAUGUUUUCCGGAC